AUGCCAAACACAGAGCAAGAAACUGCAGAUGAUGCUAUGGAUGAGGAAGCUGCCCUCCUGCGACAAAUUGAGGUGAUCGACGCGCACGUUGACGGGAAUGGAGGAUCUUCGCAUCGCGAGGCUGAAGCCGAAGCCGAAGCCGAAACCCACCAUGACGCGCAACCAGGCGAUUCCCACGGGGGCAGAGACUCGACAAGGUUGGCAGAGCCAGAGCCAGGUCCGGAUCCCGAGCUGGAAACUGCGAUUCUCGACGCCGCCAAAACGAAUCCCGCCAGACUCCUUGAACUUGAUCUAACUGGCGCGGCCACGCAUAUUUUUCUGCGGAAACAGAAACGGACGCUCCUGCAAUCACUAGUCACGAACUUCGAUACCACCUCGGAAAUUUUGGUCAAGGUCUUUGCGCAUAUGAAGCGCGGCCGCGACGAACGAGGUGACAAGGCGGAGCACGAUGUGCUGUCUCUGGCCCUAACCCAGGGGAAGGCUCAUCUCGCAAGGACAUUGCUCGAAAAUGGGGUCAGUCUCGUCCAAACACAUGACAGUGGACACAGUGCGCUGUGCCAUGCGUGCGAGCACGGACUCGAGGGGACCGUAUCAUUGCUUUUGGAAAGUGGCGCCGACCCGAACAGGAAGUGCGGCCAAGAGGGUGAUACCCCACUGGGUGUGGCAUGUAAUUCUGGUCAGGUCAAGGUAGUAUCACUCUUGCUGGGGGACCCCAGGAUAGACUUUGACAAGAGGGAUGACACGGGCUGGACACCAUUGAAUACCGCUGCCAUGCACGGGUAUACCAAUAUCGUAGAGAUGUUGCUAGCAAAGGGCGCGGAUAUCAACCUCGUCAAUGGCUUUGGUUGGAGUCCUCUAGCCACUGCCUGUAACUACGGCUAUGAAGAGACGGUGUCGCUUCUCCUGAGCAGGGAGGAUAUCGAGAUCGAUGCAAAAGAUGAGGAGGGCUGGACACCCUUGAACACGGCCGCUGAAACGGGCCAAGCCAGCAUAAUAUCAAAGCUCCUAGCCAAAGGUGCAGCAAUCGACAUCUCCAGCGAUUCUGGAUGGAUGCCCCUGACCGUGGCAUGCCAGAAGGGCCACAUGGAGGCAAUCAAAGUCCUAGCAGCCGACAAGAGAUCAGAUAUCAAUGGGCGGGAUGGCACAGGUUGGACGGCUCUGUUUGCGGCGUCUCGACACGGCCAAGAAGAGGCCGUCAAAUUUCUACUAACGGACCAGAUAAUAGACAUCAACAGGGCGGAUAACGAGAAUUGGACGCCACUGAGAGCUGCGAGUCGUUAUGGCCACGCGGCAGUGGUGGACCUAUUACUCGCCAAAGGGGCACAGGUCAACCUGAAAGAUGAUAAUGGCUGGACACCCUUGAUGGGGGCCUGCAAGUGGGGUCAUUACGGGAUCAGUAAGGAACUCCUCGUUAACCACCAGGCCGAUGUCAACGUCGCCAAUAACGAGCAGUGGACCGCACUACACUGGGCCAGCCACGGUGGCCAUGCCAACCUGGUGACGCUUCUUCUGAGCCACAAUGCUGACAGGAGUGUAAGAAACCGGGACGGGUGCACUCCAUUGCACCUUGCCAGUCAACAGGGGUAUGAAGAUGCAGUGAGGGCAUUGUUGGACCAGCAUAGCGGCAGACUGGACGUUGGUGACAACGAGGGCUGGACCGCCCUGCACAAGGCCAGUUUCCACAAAGACGUAGAUGCGAAGCGACUUGACUUUGAAGACGACGAUGUAAAGCCAGACUCCUAUCACGAACCUGUCUCGCAGCAUCAUCGAGUUGUGGAACUUCUAUUGCAGCACACCACAGACAUCGCCAGUACCACAUCGACCGGAGACACACCACUACUACUGGCAGCAAAGCAGGCCAAUACCAAGUGUCUCCAGCAGCUUGUGGCGCGUAUGGGCCAACCUGACAUAAAUAGGCGAGACGCUGCCAGCCACACCGCACUUUAUUACGCCGCGAACUCGAGAGAUGGCAAUAUGCUGCGCGCCGUGCUUGAAAAGGUCACAGCGGCGGACUUUGGCCUCGAUGGGCCAGACACGGAGCGGGACACCCUCGCGUGGGCGGCCGACGACGGUGAAAGACACGAGUUGUUUGUGAUGCUGGCUCAAAAGGGCCACUUGAUGACGAAGAAGAAUGUUCCUGAUACACACAGGAAAAGCGCGCUGUGCUGGGCUGCCUGGAACGCAGAUCUGGAGCUUGUCUGCAAAAUCAUGCACAGCAGUGCUUCGGACACAAACGCCGACAAAGAGAGAAAGUCCGUCGAGGCGGCAGCAUCUCGGAUACUGUCAAGCAUGAAAAGCGCAGACGUGCAACGCAGCAAGAAUCCGCAGAUCAAGGCCAACGCCACCAAGCAUCUCGAUCGGAAGGUGCUCAAGGAUGUUGAUAAUCGGAGGAAGGAGCAACCAACCGGGUCUGCCGCCGAGCGUGACAAGUACGAGACGAUCCUCGAUCUCCUUCGCAACCCGCCGAUUGUCCCAACCACUGUAUCUAUCCAGCCGUGUGAGAUGCCGGUGCUCGGUGCAGAUAUUGAUAUCAGCGCGUUUGAGGCCGCGGUGGUUGACUUUUACGCAAAGGAAACGUCGUCCGGCUUCUUGAGACGAGAGCGGGGGGUAAAGGAGGUUAUCUACGACCCAGAUAAGGGCCCGACAAAGCUGAUGGCUGCUGCGCAAGAGACAAUGAAGGCGCAAAGUCACCACUUGGGGAGCGGGGACGUCUUUUCACCCGCCGAUUUCAAAGUCAGGUGGAUUCACCUGCCGGCGAACAAUAUGCAAUGGAUGAACGACUUGAUGUCCCGAAUCUACUUUGAAAAGAAGACCGACAACACUGACCGAAUUUAUGGCGACUUGAACAAGUUCUUCCGAAGGAGCUGGCAUCAAGUCCCUGAUACGUCCUCUCGGUUCCGGUUCAUGAAGCCUGAAUGCGUGACCCAGAACGCGGAGGGAGACGGCAGUGUUCCUCGCAUAGCCCUAUACAUGCCAUAUCUCACUUUCGCCACAUACCCAUCGCAGCAGACGAGCAACUAUGACGCUUUGCUGAGCACCUACAGCAAGACCGCUAUACAUCGAUUUCGGACGUUGGACGAGUCAUACUACCAGUUCACUUCGGACGACGUGGACAAAGAGCGCGAACGUCGUAACAAAGAUCAAGUCGUGACGAGACGGCUCUUCAAUGACGAUAUGGAGGAGGCCAUAUCGUGGGAUUUGAUUGGUGUUGAGCAGCUUUGGCUUUGGAUCGUUGACGACAAAACCGUCAUCACCUCAUCAACUCAUCGGGCAGACAACCGGUCGAAUGUCGUUCAUGGCAGUGUUUUGGAUCGCCUGACAGAACUCGGACACGGGGAGAACAGGCGCUCGCAGCCCAGUACGCCGCUCGAGCUCAGCAAAUUCAUCGUCGACACAUGCGUUCAGUUUUAUAGCCGGAGGAAGUACUCACCAGCCGAUGGAACACCAAUUCCCAAUCCCGUCCCCUGGUCCAUUCAGCAAUUCUUUUCAGAUUCUGUCAAUCGAGCGGCAGUAGAAGAAGCCGGGCUGUUCAAGAAAUUUAGCGACAAGGGCCUUACCAAAGCACAGGCUCGACUGGGCCACCAACACGAGGAAUCUAGCAGCGUCAAGGACAUCUAUGUACAGCAGACCGCUGGCCUGCUUGGCCAUGUAAAGGAUAUGCGUGAUGAGCUCAACAUGAUCAAGGCCAUUGUCAGUGACCAAGUGGUUGUUCAGCGUGGGCUUGAGGAGAAGGAAUGCUCUGCAGCUCGCAUCAUCAGUGACCUAGAGGAGAUGGACCAGGCUACGCAGCGAGUGUACAAGGCAGUUGAAGCAACCUUGACGCUGGAGCAAAACGUCAUCGCUCUCACCCAGUCCGAGGAGACAAUUCAGCAAGGAAGGAUCCUCAUGGCGUUCACCGUCGCGACUAUUAUCUUUUUACCAAUGUCCUUCCUCGUCUCUCUGUUUGCAGUCGACAUCACAGCCUUCCCGCACAAUCGCUCGGGUGAUCUGCAGUAUACACCAGGUUGGGUCUUUCCGAUAAUCUUCGGAGUGUCGGCCGUGAUUUGGAUACCGCUUAUCCUCUACGCAUUCCGCUCACAGGUCCUUGGGUCCAUGAAUACUCUCACACUGCGCUUUCAUGCCCUGCACAUGCCCCGCUCGCAGGCUACCAACAAUCCCGGAAGCACCUCAGUCGCAGAUCUAAGGACGAGGCUCGAGGCUGUAUACCAAUCAAAGAAGGAUAAGCUCCGGCAGAGAUUAGGAAAGAGAAAGAGCAAUUCCGCAGAUGAGGAGGCGCAAAAGGUCGAGCCUGUCAUAAAUGGACAUGAAACUGUUACUCCGCCUAAAUGA